AUGCCGCCGCGGACCCGCGCGGGCGCGGCCGGCGGCGGCGACGGCGACGACGAGCCGACGCUCCUCAGCAUCGUCGAGCUGAACAAGCUCUUCAAAGACGUCGUCAUCUUCACGCCGCAGAGCGGCGUCCAUGACGCGAACAAGGCCCUCUUCAGGGCCUGGACGCGGUCGAUCAUGCUCCACGCGCCCGUGCUCGAAAUCGUCGGACGGCACGCCAAGGCCGACUUCGGAGACAUCUACGACGGCGAGUGGGCCAAGAUCGACCAGUCCGAGCGGCCGCAGGCCGAGCACAUGCUCGCCUAG